AUGCCAACCUCGCUUGCAAACACCAACCUCUUUAAAUCAAUCAAAGUUGGAGACUAUGAAUUACAGAAUAGAGUUGUUCAUGCACCGACUACCCGUGUACGCGUCAGCGAAGACUUCGUUCCACUAGAUUCAAUGCUCAAAUACUAUGAAGAAAGAGCAGAAAACGAAUGUGGUUUAUUAAUCACCGAAUCUGUAAUGGUUUCUCCUCGUUGGGGUAUUAUGGGUUGCUGGCCCAUGAUUUCUACCGACAGUCAGCUGAAAGCCUGGGGUAAGAUUGUGCAGGCUGUUCACAAUAAGAAAUCAAGAAUCUCCUGUCAACUUUUUGGUGUCGGAAGAGCUGCAGUUCCUGAGCUACUUAAGCAGAAGGGAUUGCAGUUUGUUGGUGCAUCUGCAAUCUAUCAGGAUGAAGAGAGUCAAAAUAUUGCAGAGAAACUUGGUAUACCUCUUAGAGCUUUGACUGUGAGUGAGAUUCAUCAAGUUACAAAGGAUUUUGUGGUUGCAGCCAAAAAUUGCAUUUUAGUGGAUAAGUUUGAUUAUGUGGAGAUUCAUGCUGCCAAUAUGUAUCUCUUGAAUCAAUUCAUCGAUGAAGAGUCCAACCAUAGAACGGAUCAAUAUGGCGGCAGCAUUGAGAAUCGAUCUAGGCUCGUUCUUGAAGUUAUUGACGCUGUAAUGGAGGCCAUUGGUCCUCAGCAUACUGCCAUUAGAUUAUCUCCUUAUUCCCGGUUUCAGGGAAGUAAAGGUAUCGAUUCCAAGACCGAUCCGAUAGCAACAUACGGCUAUAUUUUAAGUGAACUUGAAAGAAGAGCCAAGCAUGGUAAAAGAUUGGCUUAUGUUUCUUUUGUGGAACCUAAUAUCUUUGGGGCAGAAGCCAUUGAAGAGGCAUAUGUUCCGGAUUCUUCCUGGGUUAAUGAGAUUUGGAAAGGUAUUAUUAUUAGAACUGGAAACCUCAUUCAUGAUGAGAAAUAUAAACUCCUCAAAAAGUAUGUUGAUGGAGACGAUAGAACCUUGAUUGGUGCAUCAAGAUACUACAGCUCCAAUCCGGAUUUAGCUACCAGAUUGAAAAAUGGCUACGCACUCACAAAAUAUGAUAGAAGUAGCUUCUAUAAGCUCAUGUCUAAUCAAGGAUACUUGACUUGGGGUAACUAUGGAGAGGACAAUCAUAAGUAUGCAAGUGAGAUUUCUAGGACUAUACCGAAGCCGUUAGCAUGA